AAGGAGAGAGAGAGAGAGGAAAAAAAAAAAGAAAGAAAGAAACCUAGAUCUCUAAAAUAAAAUAAAAACCAAACAGGUUCCUAUCAGUGAAGUGGAAAGGAGGGGGGCAGGGGAGGCUUGAGGGGGGUGCUGGGGAAGCAGCUGAGAGGCAGAGGAACACGGCUCAGGAGCGUCUCAGGGCUCUCGGAUCUGGGGACAGAAGUGAGAUUGGAGAAAGUAGAGCGAUGCCAAGGAGGAAACAGCAAGCACCCAAACGGGCUGCAGGUUAUGUCCAAGAGGAAGAUUUAAAGGAAGAGGAAGAUAUAAAGGAGGAGGAAGAAGAUGACGAUGACAACAACUCCACUGCCCAGCUGCAGGGCAGCAACGACACCGGCACGGAUGAGGAGCACGAAGUGGGUCCUGAGCAGAAAGGGAACUUCAGUUUCCAGAACUCCCCUGUCAGUCACAUUUCCAACCAGGACGCAGAGAACGAAUCACUGCUGAGUGACAGUAGUGACCAUGUGGCAGAUAUCAAAAACAUCUGCUCCAGGGAGCCCCAGGACCCCAAAAGCAGCUCCCACCCCAAAGCCCAGAGCGAAGCACAAGACUGCAUGGAUAAAAUGACAGCAGUCUAUGCCAACAUCCUGUCGGACUCUUACUGGACAGGCUUGGGGCUGGGUUUCAAGUUGUCCAACUCCGAAAAGAGGAGUUGCGACAACAGGAACGGAGGGAACAAAGCUGAUUUCGAUUGGCACCAAGAUGCACUGUCCAAAAGCUUGCAGCAGAAUUUACCUUCCAGGCCUGUCUCCAAGCCCAACCUGUUCAGCUCGGUGCAGCUCUACAGGCAGAGCAGCAAAAUGUGCGGGACUGUGUUCACGGGCGCCAGCCGGUUCCGCUGCCGGCAGUGCAGCGCUGCCUACGACACCCUGGUGGAACUCACGGUGCACAUGAACGAGACAGGGCACUACCAGGAUGACAACCACAAAAAGGACAAGCACAGACCUACCAGCUACUCCAAGCCCCGGAAAAGGGCGUUCCAGGACAUGGACAAGGAAGAUGCACAAAAAGUUCUGAAGUGUAUGUUCUGUGGUGACUCUUUUGAUUCCCUUCAAGAUCUGAGUGUUCAUAUGAUAAAAACAAAACAUUACCAAAAAGUGCCUUUGAAGGAGCCGGUACCAACCAUUUCUUCAAAAAUGGUCACUCCAGCCAAGAAACGUGUGUUUGAUGUGAACAGGCCUUGCUCCCCUGACUCCACGACGGGGUCUUUCUCUGACACCUUCUCUCCUCAGAAGAACACGAACCUGCAGCUCUCCUCCAACAACCGCUACGGGUACCAGAACGGGGCCAGCUACACCUGGCAGUUCGAGGCCUGCAAAUCCCAGAUUUUGAAGUGCAUGGAAUGUGGAAGCUCCCAUGAUACCUUGCAGCAGCUCACGACCCACAUGAUGGUCACUGGCCAUUUCUUGAAAGUCACGAGUUCAGCUUCAAAGAAAGGAAAGCAACUUGUUCUGGAUCCUUUAGCCGUGGAAAAAAUGCAAUCGCUGUCUGAGGCACCAGCCAGUGACAGCCCCGUUUCAAAAUCAACCAGUAAAUCAUCUGCAGAAUGCAUUGGUCCUGCCUCUGAACUUAAAAAAGAAAGUAAAAAAGAUAAAGCUGAUGAUGCAAACAAAGAUGAGAAAGCAAUGAAAACUGAGGAGUACGAAGACACUCUUCAGAAACCCCUGGAUCCCACAAUGAAAUACCAGUAUCUCCGAGAAGAAGAUUUAGAAGAUGGUUCAAAGGGCGGUGGGGACAUUUUGAAAUCCUUGGAGAACACUGUCACGACAGCCAUCAAUAAAGCUCAGAAUGGAGCUCCCAGCUGGAGUGCAUACCCCAGCAUCCACGCAGCUUACCAGCUCUCCGAGGGAGCCAAGCCGUCCCUGCCUGUGGGAUCCCAGGUGCUCCAAAUCCGGCCAACCAUGACCAAUAAAUUGAGGCCCAUAGCGCCCAAGUGGAAGGUGAUGCCUCUGGUCCCUAUCUCAGCAAACGUCAGCCAGUGCACUCAAGUGAAGAAGGAGGCUGAGGACAAGGAGGAGGUACAGAAGGACUAUGCUAAGGAGGGUGUCCAGGCUGAGCCAGCCUCGCUCAGCCAGAGUGAGAGGGAACCUCUCCUCAAAGCUGAAGCUUCUGCAGAGCCAAAAAAGAUAGAACCGUGUCCCCUGAAAGAAGAAGACAAAAUUAAAGAGGACAGUGGAAAAGAAAAGCCAGUCCUCAAGGAGGCACCAGCAGCUUCUCUCAGUAAUGGUUGUGCUGCUGCUGCCAGCCAUUCCUCGGAGCUGCCCUGUGUGAAUCCCCUGAGCGCGCUGCAGUCAGUCCUGAACAACCACCUGGGCAAAGCCACCGAGCCCUUACAGCCUCAAUCCAACUGCAGCCCCAGCUCUAGCACAAUUUCCAUAUUCCACAAACCCAACCUAAAUAUGAUGGAGAAGCCGGUUUUAUCUCCUGCUCCAACCCCACCAAAGCCUGCAAGCGUAUCCAGGCACUAUUUGUUUGAAAACAAUGAUCAGCCUAUUGACCUGACCAAAUCCAAAGGCAAGAAAGCUGAGUCAGCUCAAGCACAAUCUUGUACUUCUCCACCUCAAAAGCACGCUCUGUCUGACAUCGCCGACAUGGUCAAAGUUCUUCCCAAAGCUACCACACCAAAACCUGCUGCAUCCUCAAGGAUCCCAUCCAUGAAGUUGGAAAUCGAUGUCCGACGCUUCGAGGACGUCUCCACGGAGGUCUCCACUCUGCAUAAAAGGAAGGGCAGGCAGUCAAACUGGAACCCUCAGCAUCUGCUCAUUUUGCAAGCUCAGUUUGCUUCCAGCCUCUUCCAGACAUCUGAAGGUAAAUAUUUAUUAUCAGAUCUAGGCCCACAAGAGCGCAUGCAGAUUUCCAAAUUCACUGGACUGUCAAUGACCACCAUCAGCCACUGGUUGGCAAAUGUCAAGUAUCAACUUAGGAAAACCGGAGGAACAAAGUUUUUGAAAAACAUGGACAAAGGACAUCCAGUCUUUUAUUGCAGCGACUGUGCAUCUCAGUUCCGAACCCCCUCUACUUACAUUAGCCACUUAGAAUCCCACCUAGGUUUCCAAAUGAAAGACAUGAACAGGCUGGCUGUGGAGCAGCAAACCAAGGUAGAGCAAGAAAUCUCCAGAGUUUCAGUUCAAAGAUCUCCUGAAACAAUAGCUGGAGAAGAGGACACAGACUCUAAGUUCAAAUGUAAGUUGUGCUGUCGGACAUUUGCGAGCAAACAUGCAGUAAAACUUCAUCUAAGCAAAACACACAGCAAGUCACCAGAACACCAUUCACAAUUUGUAGCAGAAGUGGAUGAAGAAUAACUCUUAAGAGCAGACCUGAAUUGCCCAGGAUCACCAAAGGAGAGGCAGGCACCAGGAGUGUCCAGUGGCACGGGCAGGACAUCCCAUCCCUCCCCAGGGCUCUGAACUUGCAGUUCUGCUCAUGCAAGAGCUGAGCUCUCAGCAAAAUCUCUUUAUUAUUCAUCAUAAAGAAUCCCAGCUGUGGAAAGCAGCGCUGGGAGGAGAUGGGGACGGGCUCUGCCUCGCCCCAGUGUAAAUCAGGAGCCACUCCAGCGCUGAGUCCUGCUGUUGUCACUCGGCCAUCAGCUCAGGAUCAGCCCUUUACCUGCAGAGGAGGAGUGAAAUAUCUCACAGCUCUGUGGCCAGGGGCCUGCUGAGCUGCUCGCAGAGCUGCUGUCAGCAUGCCCAGGGCAGGAGCAUAUUUUUUCCUUGCUGUUGUACAUAAGGGCUCUGCUGCAGCCGACAACAUGAAAUGUGUUAGUUCGGUUUGUUCAAAAUGGAGUGUGUUUGUUAAGUGUUGCCUCUUUGAUGUUGUGCUGCCAUCUCCAUCUUUGUCAGCAUUGCCCAUCUUUUUCAAUCUAAUGAACUCAAACCAUCAGUGCAACUUAAGUUCGGCUGUCUGUUCUUGCAUAGUUAAUAUUAAAAAUGUACUAACAGUGUGGCUGCGAAAUCAAAUUAUGCACAUAAAUAUGCUGGCAUAGCAGAGGAGGCGGCAGAAGCUGAAGUUAGCAACAUUGAUGCCAGUUCACAUUUGCAAAUCAACCGUCAAUCUGUCAUUAAACAUGUUAUCAAAUGAUGAUAAGUGUAUGCUUCUUGCUUGCAUUGGCGCGCUUAUUCCCGAUGUUGAUGUGCAUUAAUGGGAUAAUGUGCAUUAACAUAGUCUUGCUUGGAUGAACACAAAACAUUUUUUAUCCGUCUCAGUUUGUUUCCCCCUGUGGCCCCCAAGUAAGUGUUUUGUGUUAUCAAAUUGCCAAAAAAUGGGAAAACACAUUACUUUUAAUUAGCAAAAAAAAUUUUGAGUCUUUUUUUUUUUUUCUUUUUAAAUUUAUUUUUAUAAU